CUAUAACCUGCCAUUUGUUGUCUUGUCCACAGGAGUGGAGGGAGCUUUUUUACAUCUUGUGCUGUUUUUUUUUAUUUUCCUUUUAUUAUUGUUAUUAAGAAGACUCCAGUUUGUCAGUCAAGCUUUGCGCCCUUCCAGACUGUCCCUGCAGUCUCUGGGCACCUGGAUCUAGAGAGAAGCCUUUCUACUCGUCUUUUUUUUCCACCACCAGAAGCCGUUCUUUAACUUUUUUCGCAUGAAUCUCUUCGACGCGUACCUGAAGAUGACAGAAGAACAGGAGAAGUGUCACUCCGACGCUCCCAGUCCCAGCAUGUCCGAGGACUCGGCCGGCUCUCCGUGCCCGUCCGGCUCCGGCUCCGACACGGAGAACACCCGGCCGACGGACAACCACCUGCUGCGGGCCGGAGACUGCAAGACGGAGGGCGAGGACGAGAAGUUCCCCGUGUGCAUCAAGGACGCGGUGUCCCAGGUCCUGAAGGGCUACGACUGGACGCUCGUGCCGAUGCCCGUGCGCGUCAACGGCUCGUCCAAGAGCAAGCCGCACGUGAAGAGGCCCAUGAACGCCUUCAUGGUGUGGGCUCAGGCCGCGCGGAGGAAGCUGGCCGACCAGUACCCGCAUCUGCACAACGCGGAGCUCAGCAAGACUCUCGGGAAGCUCUGGAGAUUACUCAAUGAAGUGGAGAAACGUCCGUUUGUGGAGGAGGCUGAGCGUUUGAGGGUGCAACACAAGAAGGAUCACCCCGAUUACAAAUACCAGCCGAGACGCAGGAAGUCUGUGAAGAACGGCCAGAGUGAAGGACCUGAGGACGGAGAGCAAACCCACAUCUCUCCGAACGCGAUCUUCAAGGCGCUGCAGCAGGCAGACUCUCCUGCGUCCAGCAUGGGCGAAGUGCACUCACCCGGAGAGCAUUCAGGUCAGUCACAGGGACCUCCAACGCCUCCAACCACCCCGAAGACGGACCUCCCGUCCAGCAAGGCCGACUUGAAGCGUGAAGGUCGCACCGUGGCGGACGGCGCGAGUCGCCAGAUCAACAUUGACUUUGGCGCCGUGGACAUCGGCGAGCUGAGCAGCGACGUCAUCUCCAACAUCGGAAGCUUCGACGUCGACGAGUUCGAUCAGUACCUGCCGCCUCACAGCCACGCUGCGGCCCAGGCAGGCUACGCCGGCAGCUACGGCCUCAGCAGCUCCUCCGUCAGCCAGGCCACCGGAUGCUGGAUAUCCAAACAGCAGCAGCAGCAGCAGCAGCAGCAACACUCUCUGACGACCCUGGGAGGAGGAGGAGGAGGAGGAGGAGGAGGAGAGCAAGGCCAGCAAGGCCAGCAGAGAACCACCCAGAUUAAAACGGAGCAGCUGAGUCCCAGCCACUACAGCGAGCAGCAGGGCUCCCCGCAGCACGCCACCUACGGCUCCUUCAACCCCCAGCACUACAGCACCUCCUCCUACCCCUCCAUCACCAGAGUACAGUACGACUACCCAGACCAGCAGGGCGCCGCCGGCUCCUACUACAGCCACACGGCGGCUCAGGGCUCCGGCCUGUACUCCAGCUUCAGCUACAUGAGCUCCAGCCAGAGGCCCAUGUACACUCCCAUCGCCGACUCCGCCGGGAUCCCCUCUGUGCCACAGACCCACAGUCCUCAGCACUGGGAGCAGCAGCCCACAUACACACAACUGUCCAGACCCUGAGGGACGCCGCUCCACAGCGCCGCGGCAGAAAAUCCUACCACAAGACUGUUUUUAUAUAUAUAUAGUUCUGAAAAUAUAUCUUUGGAUUGGCUCACGACAGUGCCUUUUUUAUCGGUUGAAAUUGUAAUUAUAUUUUUAGAUGUAAAAAUGUUAAAUCCUCUGUGAGGACAUUGUGUUUAUGAACAUGUUAGUAAGUGGAGGGCAGUGGAUGACAUGAGCCACCCUCUUUAUUGAGGU